AUGGAAAAUGAAACAAAGAAGACGAGAAAUGUCCGCAUACAAACAAGUCGUGAGAUCAAUCCAUUCAACGAUGAACGGAUAAUUUAUCAACAGUUAGAGCCAAGUAAAAAUAUUCCUGCACAAACUGAACUAACAGCGAUUACAUUUAAUAAUGAACAAAAAAAUUAUCGACACCAUGUACGAAGUAAAAGAAAUAAGAUCAAUAAUGAUUUAUCACAUACGUCGGACACAUUAAAUUUGAAUUUGAAUGCAGAAGAAGCACUUCAUCAAAGAGAACAGGAAAUAUUAGAUGAGGAUUUUGAUAACGCUGUGGCAGAGAUUCGAACAACCGAAGAAAAUACUACUGCAGAUCAAGAUAUGAAAGCUACAACAGCUAUUACUGAUACUGAACCACAAAUCAGUCCUAUUUUAGGAUACGCUGAAGAGCCUCUAUUACCACUUUCUAAAGCGUGUACUCCUCUCAAUGAUCUCCUACAUAAUAUAUCAUUCUAUACUCAAUUAGCAUUAGAUGAAACACCAGAACAACCACCUGAUGGAUUAACAAUUGAUGAGAGCGCUGCAAUUCGCCUUUAUACAAUCGAAUGGGACAAACCACAUCGAAGUCU